AGAACUAAUUCAGCGACACGAUAUUGAGUCCGUAACUAAAAAUACAUGGGUCGGAUCGGGUCGGAUAUCACAUGAUACCCGCUUCUCUUUUUCACUCCUUUUCUUCUCAGCCGUCGCUCUCCACUUCAACUGAACCUUUUCACGUGCACUCAGUCCGCCAUUAACGAACCAAAUGCAUUCUCUCUCUCAACCUCACACUUUCUCUCUCUACACCUCUAAAUCCACCUCCUCCUCCUCCUCUAGAGGCGGAGGAGCAUCAAUCUCCGCCGCUCUCAGCCGCCUCUCAUUUCAAUCCGCGAAACUACAGUCUCCGAUUUGUCUCAAAAUCAAGAACUCGAGCUGUAAUUAUAACAGACUUAGUAUAAAAAUGAGUUCCAAUUCGAAACUAUCUGACAAUUCUGAUACUCUACAGCAAGAGAUUACUGACACUGAGCUCGAUCGAUUUUCUGACGUGGCUAAUAAGCUUGCUGAUGCUUCCGGCGAAGUUAUUCGCAAGUAUUUUCGGAAGAAAUUUGAAAUUAUUGAUAAAGAUGAUCUCAGUCCGGUAACAAUUGCUGAUAGAGCAGCGGAGGAAUCUAUGGUGUCGAUUAUUUUCGAUCAUUUUCCUUCUCAUGCUAUUUACGGAGAGGAGAAUGGUUGGAUGUGUAAAGAGAAGUACUCUGACUAUGUUUGGAUUUUGGAUCCAAUCGAUGGAACUAAAAGUUUUAUUACUGGCAAACCUGUUUUUGGCACUCUCAUUGCUCUACUACAUAGGGGUAAACCAAUUCUUGGGGUGAUUGAUCAGCCUAUACUUAGAGAAAGAUGGAUCGGUGUAACUGGGAGGAGAACAAAAUUGAAUGGGGAGGAACUGUCUACACGAUCUUGUGCAAAACUGUCACAAGCAUAUUUGUACUUUUCAUGGUACACCACAAGUCCACAUCUAUUUGAAGGGAAAGCGGAAGAAGCAUUUGCUCGUGUCAGAAGUAAGGUGAAAGUACCAUUAUAUGGCUGUGAUUGCUAUGCAUACGCUCUUUUGGCUUCUGGCCAUGUGGAUCUUGUCGUGGAGUCUGGUCUCAAGCCAUAUGAUUUUCUUUCACUCGUACCUGUAAUAGAGGGUGCUGGAGGUGUUAUAACCGAUUGGAAAGGGAAUCGUCUUUGUUGGGAUGUUUCUCCGGAUUCUCGUGCAACAAGCUUCAAUGUCGUUGCAGCUGGAGACAAACAGAUCCACCAACAAGCACUCGAUACAUUAAAAUGGCAUUGAACAUUUAUAGAAUUACUCGUAGAUAACCGGGUAUUUAAUUUUCAGUGCUAAAACUAGAAUUGGUUAGAUCAAGGCUACAAUUGAACAAUCAAGAUGUACUAUAUUUUUUUUUCUAUUUCACUUGUACUAUGAAUAAAUCAGCAUGCAAUUCUUACUUGCACUA